CUACUUUUCAUUCGGACUCGCCGUGCGUGAGUUGGGAUGUGUUCCACGCCGACGAGCGUCUUCUCGCCGAGUGGUUUGCGAUUCGGUUUAAAUGAAAGUAGAAAGUCAUUGAAGGACUUAUCUGCCAUGCCGACAUGCUAACAAUAGCAAGUUUAGCUUUGCCACACACUAAUGGCUCUCACGCUCUCUCACGCACACAUACACACGACCCACUUCCAACACUUAGUUGGAAAGUCUAAAUAUUUAUAGACAUUUAUUCACAGUGAAAUCUCAGUGCGUGUGUCUAUUUCCUGGAGACUUGUUGAAUUUAGUGGUGUGAAACUUGACUCAGCAGGAAAGUGUUAGCAUAGUUAGCUAAUUGUGUUGAAGCUUCCAGGAGACACGAGGUGGCUCGAGCCGAGAGGUGAGUCACCGAAUGGGGGACAUUCCCACAAGAGAUUCCUCCAUGGGGACGUGCUAAAGUACAUUACGUGAACACAUUUACACACACUUUAGCCAACAAAAGUCGCAUUUUCACCCAAUCCGACCGUUACGUGACACUGGAACACCGCGAAGUGCCCGUAGUAGCGGCUAGUUUUAUUGGACGGAUGGGACAGGAGAGGAGGGGGGAGGUAGAGAGGCCAGGCGGUCAUCUCAUAACAACCGUGCCGUUUGCGGUUGUUUUAUCUCCCGUUUUAACCUCUUGAAUUUCUUCAAUAAUACUCGGGAAAAGUCUCCCCUCACACUUGACUAGGAUGCGUGCUGGAAUAAAACCCAAAUAAACCAGGCUGGUUCGGAAGGACGUGCGAUACGCCACUAAUUAGCCUGGCUAGCCGCUGGAGGUUAGCCAGCAGAAGUUGAGCUAGCAUGCUAGCCACAGCGCAUCCUCAUUGUGUACUUAUUAGCUCCCAGUUGAGGACACUUGCCACAGGAUGCGAGUACAGCUUUCUCAUCUUCGCCUUUACUUUUGCUCACUUAACCACAUACGUUGCAAACCCUCCCCCUCUUCCCGCUUGCUUCCUUCCGGGCCUUAAAUCCCAGCCCCAAACACACAGCCCAGCAUCCCCUCACUCCAGCAUAAUUACAGCCAUUGCUAUCCAACCCCGGCACGGCGCCCUCCUUUGGAACAAAGUCUCAGAGGAAACAUGGUGUUGACAUGGCAGAGCGUUCCUGUAGCAGAGCCCUCGAGCUGCGUACACUCCUGAUGGCACGGAUGCUGGUCCUGCAAGGGGGUGUCUACCUACACGGCAGCAGUCCCUACCUUCAUUUUGAACAGGAAUCUUAACGAUGGAAUAGCAAGAUAGCAGCUAGCUGUCAAACUCUUUGCGGCACCAGAGAACUCCUUCCACCCACUGCCCCUGCUUCUGUGGGGGGCCCCCGCCCACCAUGGCGGACCCAGGGAUGUUGAGUUUAUUUGGGGACGAUGCGGGGCUGUUCUCAGAUGGAUUAGAUGGUUUAGGAGACUGUUUUCCUCAACAGCCUACCACUGGCCAAUCCAACACUCUAGCCCAGCCGCCUAACCCCCCCCUCAACCACGAACACCAGGGAAACCGGGGUUACCACCAGGGGAUGCUCCUUGGUUCUGGGUCCGCACAGCCCAAACUGGGCCAAAUGUAUGACCACAACACCUACACGGGCUAUGACCAGGCCGGUGCUCCUGGGGGAAGAAUGAUGUCUCAGAACGGUCCCAGCCAGGGGCCACCAAAUAUGAACCCAACCAUGAACGGCAUGGCUUCCCACUACCAUAACAACCCUGCUAACUCUAGUAACACCCACCAUGGGUAUCCGGGUGACACAGGAGGAGGAGCAUCGGGGGGUGGGGUUUGGGCCCAGCAGCACCAAAGCAGGUCAGCAUAUCAACAGGCUGCAACGCAAGCAGGGAGCGGCCCCAACCAGAUGGGUGCUUUCCAAAUGUCUCAAAGCAACUAUGGCAGGAUGCAAGGCCAACCCGCAUCCAAUGCAGCUCGCAUCAGCCAACACUACCCCACACAGAGCCUGUCAGCCCCCCCUGCACAGGACCCCUCUCACUACAUGGGACAUGUUGGAAUGGUGGGGGGUCAAAUGAGACACCCGCAGCCGCAAAGCCAGGGUUACACCAACAUGAGCCACACACCUCGAUUCCCACAUUCUCCCUCGCGGCAGCCUCCACACCAACAUCAGCAAGGAAUGGCUGGCUUUGGGGGUGCCCAGUACCCUGGCUAUCAGCCCCAGUAUGGCGCCAUGGGCUCUGGGAUCGGCCAGGGCGCCAAUACUAAUGUCGCCAGCAACACCAGUCCUCCGAUGGGACCGGGACAACUUGGCCAAAGGUUUAACCAGGGAUCAGGCCCAGCUUCUGGGCAACAGGGGCAGCGAUACCCCCCUGGACCACCCCACCAGACACACUCUGUCCCCAUGCAGCCGCAGGCGGCAGGGCAGCAGAGCCAGCCUAUGCACCCACUCAGCCACUCCCAGCCCCCAACUCAGUCCCAGUCCCACCUUGCACCCCCAGCUCAGGGAACCUACCCCUCCCCCUCACCACUGUCCCCCAUGCGGGUUCUGGGAACCCCGACGCCUCCACCCCAACAGGGCAGGCCUCCUAGUGCAGGCUUAACAGAGGUCACAGGGUACACAGCCCUGCAGUCUGCACCUAAUGCCAUCUCUCAUCCUCAGAGACCCCCCCAAACCUCACUGUCUGCUCCACAUGCCCAACACCAGCAGACCCACCCCAAUGCCGGGCAGAUGUAUCCCGGCAUGGGGCCGCAACGUGGUCCCCAUAUGGGCCCCAGUCGGCCUCAGCUCCAGCCACAAGGGCCUCACGAAGCCCCUGUCGGUCAGGGCGGGGAUCCUCAUCUUCUUCAUUCCCAGCAGCAAGCCUCCAGGAGCGGCCAGCCCGUGCAGCCUUCUCCCAUGGCUUUCCAGGGUCCAUCUGUUAGCCAGCAUGGAGCGCUUCCCCUCAGCCAGCACGCUCACCUGUCCCCCCACCCCUUACAAGGCACACCCCCUCCCCCCAACCAGGCCUCCCACCAGUGGGUGCCGCCGCCGUCUGCCGCCCAACCUCUCUCGUCCCCCCCCAGCACCCCACAGAAAGUGCCUCAUAUGCAGCAUUCCCCCUCGGACCCUUCCGCCGAUACCUUAAUGACGGCUCCUGACAGACCCGCUGGCAGCACGGCUGACUCCAGUCAGCCUAUCAGCACGGAGCAACCCAAUGGCAGGGAAAGUAAGCCAAAAAAGAAGAAGAAAAGGAAAACAAAAGCAGAGGAUGGAGAAGAAGGGCAAAACGUGACACAAGGCGACGACGACGAUGGCGGCAAGUCGGAACUUCCUGUCACGGGGUGUGAGCAGGGUAUUGGCGUGGGAAUUGGACACGGGAUUUCUCCACCUGCUGAGGAGAAGCGAAAACGCAAAAAGAAACCAAAGGAGAAGGCAGAGGGCAGUGAGCCCAAGACUCCCAAGACGCCUAAAACACCCAAGAACCCCAAGACUCCCAAAGAGCCGAAGGAGAAAAAAGUCAAGAACUCCACACCCAAGGCCAAGACCCCCAAAAAAUCCAGUAGCAAGAAGACGGAGUCUGAGGAUGGCGCUGUUGCUGCCAAGAAGGAUUCCAAGAGGAAGCGACAGGGAUCAGCCAGUGAAGACGUGGAGGUGAAGUCUCCGCCUCCCUCACCUGUGGAGGAGGAGGAUGAGGAUGGAGUGCAGAAGCGGCGCUCCAGCCGCCAGGUGAAGAGGAAGAGGUACACGGAGGACUUGGAGUUUCGGAUCUCAGAAGACGACAACAGCGGGGACGAUUCGCCUGCGCCCAAGUCACCGUCUUCCUCAUCCACCCAGCUGCAGGAUGUGGCCGAGGCUGAGGGGCCCGUUGUGGAGAAGAUCAUGGCCGUGCGCACUGCUAGGAAACAGCUGGAGUCUGGGGAGGAAGCUGAGGUUGAGGAAUUCUAUGUCAAGUUCAAGGGCUUUUCUUACCUCCACUGUCGAUGGGCAGAGCUGGAAGAGCUGGAGAAGGACAAGCGAAUACAGCAGAAGGUGAAAAGGUUCAGGGCCAAGCAGCAACUCAACAACUUUAUCACGGAGAUGGAUGAUGAGCCUUUCAACCCGGACUAUGUGGAGGUAGACCGCGUCCUGGACAUUUCAGAAAGCACAGACGAAAACGGAGAGCCGGUGAGCUUAUAUUUGGUGAAAUGGUGCAGCCUACCUUACGAGGACGCCACCUGGGAACUCAAGGCGGAUAUUGACCAGUCAAAAAUUGAGGAGUUCGAACGCAUUGCAGCUCGUACGCCCAACACUAACCGAGUGGAUCGGCCUCAGGCUUCGGAGUGGAAAAAGUUAGAAGGCUCGAGGGAAUACAGGAACGGAAACGCACUCAGGGAAUACCAGCUAGAAGGCCUUAACUGGCUAACCUUCAACUGGUACAACUCACGUAACUGUAUACUGGCUGACGAGAUGGGUCUGGGAAAAACCAUCCAGUCCAUUACAUUCCUCUAUGAAAUCUACAUGAAGGGGAUUCAGGGGCCCUUCCUGGUCAUCGCCCCGCUCUCCACCAUUCCCAACUGGGAGAGAGAGUUCCGGACGUGGACGGAGCUCAAUGCCGUGGUCUACCACGGCAGCCAGGCCAGCCGCAGAACCAUCCAAGCCUACGAGAUGUACUUCAGAGAUGCACAGGGUAAGAUAAUAAAGGGAGCGUAUCGCUUCCACGCUGUGAUCACCACCUUUGAGAUGAUUCUGGCCGACUGUCCGGAGCUUCGCGGCAUCCCGUGGCGCUGCGUGGUGAUCGACGAAGCCCACCGCUUGAAAAACCGAAACUGCAAACUGCUGGAAGGACUCAAGAUGAUGGACAUGGAGCACAAAGUUCUGCUGACAGGAACGCCACUUCAAAACACUGUGGAGGAGCUCUUCAGCUUGCUCAACUUUUUGGAGCCGGAGCGUUUCCCGUCGGAACAAACAUUUAUGACUGAAUUUGGAGACCUCAAGACUGAAGAACAGGUUCAGAACCUGCAGGGCAUUCUCAAGCCCAUGAUGCUGAGGAGGCUAAAGGAGGACGUAGAAAAGAACCUGGCACCUAAGGAGGAGACCAUCAUCGAGGUGGAGCUUACUAACAUCCAGAAGAAGUACUAUCGAGCCAUUCUGGAGAAGAACUUUUCCUUCCUGUCUAAAGGAGGUGCAGGAGGAGGAGGAGGAGGUGGUGGCGGUGGUGGAGGCGGUUCUAGUGUACCCAACCUCCUCAACACGAUGAUGGAGCUAAGGAAAUGCUGUAACCACCCAUACCUCAUUAACGGAGCUGAAGAGAAGAUCAUUGAGGAGUUUCGGGACUCCCACGUGGGAGCGGACAUGCCCGACAUGGCCCUUCAAGCAAUGGUCCAUGCUGCCGGGAAGCUGGUGCUCAUUGACAAGCUGCUGCCCAAACUGAAGGCGGGUGGGCAUAGAGUCUUGGUCUUUAGUCAGAUGGUCCGCUGUCUGGACAUCUUGGAGGAUUAUCUCAUCCAGAAACGCUAUCCCUACGAGCGCAUCGAUGGCAGAGUUCGUGGUAAUUUGCGACAAGCUGCGAUCGACCGCUUCUCCAGACCAGAUUCCGACCGCUUUGUCUUCCUGCUGUGCACAAGAGCCGGGGGCCUCGGCAUUAACCUGACUGCCGCAGAUACUUGCAUUAUCUUUGAUUCCGACUGGAACCCUCAGAACGACCUGCAGGCCCAGGCACGGUGUCAUCGUAUCGGCCAGUCCAAAGCGGUCAAGAUCUACCGGCUGAUCACCAGGAACAGCUACGAGAGGGAGAUGUUCGACAAGGCCAGUCUGAAGCUGGGUUUGGACAAGGCCGUCCUCCAGAGUAUGAGCGGGCGUGAGAAUGCCAACAGUGGGGUCCAGCAGUUGUCCAAGAAAGAAAUCGAAGACCUUCUGAGAAAAGGAGCAUAUGGAGCUCUUAUGGAUGAGGAGGAUGAAGGCUCUAAAUUCUGUGAGGAAGACAUUGACCAGAUCCUUCAGAGACGUACCCACACCAUCACCAUCGAGUCGGAGGGCAAAGGCUCUACCUUUGCCAAGGCCAGUUUUGUUGCACCCGGUAACAGGACAGACAUUUCUCUGGAGGAUCCAGACUUCUGGCAGAAAUGGGCUAAGAAGGCGGAACUGGACCUGGAUGCCAUCAACGGACGGAACACGCUGGUCAUUGACACGCCCAGGGUGAGGAAGCAGACACGCCACUACAGCAGCGUGAAAGAAGACGAGAUGAUGGAAUUCUCAGAGCUGGAGAGCGAAGAGGACGAACCCAGUAGGCCGGUGUCCAAACCGCGACGGCCCCAAGACAGGGCUCAGGGCUACCCCCGAUCAGAGUGCUUCAGGGUGGAGAAGAACCUGCUAGUCUACGGGUGGGGUCGGUGGAGUGACAUCCUGGCUCACGGUCGCUUCAAGCGACCCCUGAAGGAGGCUGACGUGGAGACCAUCUGCCGAGCCCUCCUGGCUUACUGCCUGUUGCAUUACCGUGGCGACGAGAACAUCAAAGGCUUCAUCUGGGACCUGAUAACCCCAAGUCAAGAUGGCACAACCAAGACACUGACCAACCACUCUGGUCUGUCUACGCCAGUGCCUCGAGGCAGAAAGGGCAAAAAAGGCAAAGCGACAACCCCGGCCCCGCAGACGCCGAGAGCAGAUUGGCUGGCCAGCUGUAAUCCCGACCAUCUACUGCAAGAGGACAGCUAUAAGAGACACCUCAAGCAUCACUGUAACAAGGUGUUGCUGAGGGUGAGAAUGCUGUAUUACCUGAGACAGGAAGUCAUCGGAGACCAGGCUGAACGUAUCCUGGAUGGAGCGGACUCAAGUGAGUUGGACAUCUGGAACCCCCAGCCCUUCCACGCUGAGGUCCCCGCGGACUGGUGGGACAGCGAGGCAGACAAAUCCCUGCUCAUUGGUGUCUUCAAACACGGCUAUGAGAAGUACAACUCCAUGCGGGCCGACCCCGCCCUGUGUUUUUUGGAGAGAGUGGGCAUGCCUGACGCCAAAGCUAUCGCUGCCGAGCAGAGGGGCAACGAUAUGAUGGCAGAUGGCGCCGAAGGUGAGGAUGAGGACCCAGAAUACAAACCCCUGCGGAUGCCUUUUAAGGACGAAAUGGACGACUUCACCAACUCUCCACUGGAUGACAAAGAUGAUGCCGGGGAAGGUGAAGCAGAUGGUAAAUCUGCUGAAAACGGUCAAGGCAUGCUUUCUGUGGGUAGCGCGGCAGGUUCCAACGAACAGCUCUAUUGGCCCGCCGCUUCGGCUCUGACGGCACGCCUGCGCCGCCUCAUCACCGCCUACCAGCGUUCCAAUCGCCGCGAGCAGCUGCGCCAGGAGGCCCUCAAUAGACCCGAUGGUCGCAGACGGCGGCGCCGGGACUUCCUGCCUGCCAUCACCAUGGUUACUGAGGCAGGCGGAGCAGCGGCAGCCUAUAUCCAAGACCCAACUACGGUCUUCAUGGCUGAAGGUAGCGCUUACCUAGCUAAGGGAAGUGCGUAUUUUGCUAAAGGUGGCCAGUUCAUGCCGGAGGAGACGCCCGUGAUGACGGCAAACUCCUUGAUGACUGAUGGCGCCAUGUACUACAAGGAAAGAAGACAAAGAUGGACUCGUCGUGAGGAAGCAGACUUUUACCGCGUGGUGUCGACUUUUGGAGUGGUCUUUGACACCCAACGUCAGAAAUUUGACUGGGCGCAGUUCAGGGCCUUUGCCCGACUGGACAAGAAGACUGACGAGAGCCUGGAGAAAUACUACUACUCCUUCAUCGCCAUGUGCAAAUGUGUGUGCCGCAUGCAGGUGAAGAGCGACACAGAACUCCCGGACCCAUCGUUGAUCAUAGACCCCAUUACGGAGGAACGUGCUUCCCGCACCCUCUAUCGCAUCGAGUUGCUUCGUCGCAUCCGAGAACAGGUGCUCCCCCACCCCCUGCUCUCUGAACGCCUUAAACUCUGCCAGCCCUCCCCGGACCUCCCAGAGUGGUGGGAGUGUGGGCGCCAUGACAGGGACCUCCUCAUCGGGGCCUCAAAGCACGGCGUGAGCCGGACUGAUUAUCACAUCCUGAACGACCCUGCCUUGGCCUUCCUGGAGGCACACCAGCGCUUCACCAGCCAGCGAGGAACUGUGCUUAAUGCGGGAGAACUCGCCAAAGCCGGAAUGGGAACAGCUGAAAGCUCCUCCACUCCUCUCCUCACGUCCGCAGAGCUGGCUCGUGCUGCUGCUGCCGCAAAGAUGGCCGCUCAUACGGUUACAGAGGAGGCGGGAGAUGCAGUCCAGGUGAAGAUGGAAGAAGACGAGGCUGGGCCUGAGGUGAAAAUGGAGGCUGAGGAGGAGGAUGCCAGUGGUGCGCUGUGCAUCAAGACUGAAAGUGCUCAAGAAAUGAAACAUGACAGCCAGCUUAAGGAUGAUAAACAGGCCGCAGUUACAAAGGUUGAAGAAGACGACAAGACUCGGCCUAAAAAAGAAAACCAGGAGAGCGAGGAGAUGGCGGAGACAAAUGAUGACCAAGACAAAGAAUCCAUGGAAGGGAAGACCAGUGUGACUCCACUUGAAGAUUCCACUCAGCAGACGACAUUGAAGGUCCCCGAAGAUCCUCAAGCACCGACCACCACCACAGAGGAGGAAGAGCACCAAGUGGAGAAGCGGGACUGCAAGUCUCCUAAAUCUCCAAAGUCUCCAGACACGGAGAAAAGCCCGGAAGAGGAAGAGGAGGACAGGAUGGACGAAGAUGACAAAUCGGAGAAAUCCUCGCAGGCUGAAGUGAGUGCUGCAUCCGAGCAGAAGAAUUUUGAUGAAGAGAGUAUCGCGUCUUUGAGCACGUCUGCUCGAGAUGAAACCAGAGAUGGCUUUUGUCCCGAUGACCUGGCAGAAUCUUCUGGCCUGCAGGCCUUGGGGGACAGAAAUUACUCCUACGCACUCUGGCCUAAGGAUCGAGUGAUGAUUAACAGGAUGGACAGCAUCUGCGAAGCCGUCCUGAAGGGCAAGUGGCCUGUCAACAGGCGCCACAUCUUUGACUUUCCUAGCAACAUGCUGACCGGACACGUCCCCACCAUGACCACGCCGUCCGUAGCCACAGCAACAGAGAGUCCGCUGCAGAGGCGGAGCUUGGGCGAGCUGGCAAUGAGCGGGAUCCACGCUCCUUACAGCGGUGGCGAAGAUAAGACGCUUUCUCCACAGCUUCAUGACAACGCUCUGGGCCUCAGCGUGCCUCGACAGAGGAGGAGGAGAAGGAGGAAGAUCGAGAUUGAGGCUGAAAGAGCAGCCAAGAGGCGCAACCUGAUGGAGAUGGUGGCCCAGCUGAGAGAGAGCCACGCCACCAUGGAGUCCCAGAACCAGGCCAUGGAUCUCACCAAGGGUGUGCAGGCUUCUCCGUCGCUGACCGGCUUGCCUGGAACUCUGGUCGCCAACCCCUCUUUUAAGGCCCAAAUGGAACUGCUGCAGCAAGCCCCGCCCCUCGGACACAGAGCCAAUGGUUCGCUGGAGGCUGAUCUGCCAAUGAUGAGAAGGAGGCGGGGACGCAGGAAAAAUGUUGAGGGUCUGGAGCUGCUGUUUAUGUCCAACAAAAGAUCUACAGGCGGGGAUGAUGGUGACGGGAGCAAGCUUUCGGGUGUGGAUGGGCUCCAGGACGCGGGCCGUGCCCAUAGAGGCCUGUCCGUGUCGGAGCAGAGUCCCAGUGGGAGAUCAUCUCUUGCGUCCGGCAGUGUGGAGGAGGAAGAGGCCACGGUUUCCAACAAAGAGCUGGGGGAGUGGCUGAGGCAGCAUCCCACGUACGCCAUGGACAUGGCAGGAUUCACACCAAAGAAGGAAGAGUUACUGCUGUCUCAGUUCUCCAAACCCAAGCAGAAACGUCAUCGCUGUCGAAACCCCAACAAGAUCGACAUCAACACCCUGACGGGCGAGGAGAGAGUGCCUGUGGUCAACCGCCGUAACGGCCGCAAGAUGGGAGGGGCCAUGGCUCCACCCAUGAAGGAACUUCCCAGGUGGUUACUGGAAAACCCAGAAUUUUCUAUUGCACCUGACUGGACCGAUAUUGUCAAACAGUCGGGUUUUCUCCCAGAAGCCAUGUUUGAUCGGCUGUUGACUGGUCCCGUGGUCAGGGAGGAGGGCGUCCGUCGUCGCGGACGACGACCCAAAUCCGAAAUAGCGAAGGCGGCGGCUGCUGCCCAGGUCGCGGCGGCUCAGGCUGCCCAGGCCUCAUUGGCCACAGCCGCUUCCUCUGCAGGAGGCAUGAACCCUCUGCUGCUGAACAGUCUGUUUGGAGGAAUGGACCUGUCGUCCCUGCAGAGCCUCCAGUCUCUCCAGCUGGCUGCGGGUCUCAUGGCCUUCCCUUCACCUUCUGACCCCAAGCAGGCCGCCGCCUCCAUGCUGCCCCUCAUGCUGCCCGGCAUGGGAGCGCUACCCAACAUGGCCGCCGCCAUCCCCAACAUGUUCGGCCUGGGCGGCCUCUUUGGUAGCAACUUGGCCGCCGCUUCCAGCGCCACGGUGGCCUCUGCAUCUGGGAACGCCAACGGAACCGCCGAUGGAGACGCAGAAGAAGAUGGUGAAGAAGCGGCGAAGAGGAAGCGGAAGGAGGAGGAGAAGAGAGACGGAGGUGAGGAGGUGGUAGAGGAAGAGGAGUCGUUAGAUGAUGCCAGUGAGGGCAACAACGUCACCAAGAAGAACAUCCAGAAAGAUGACGAGGAAGGUGAAGAGAACGUGGAGAAAUCCCAAAGUGCCCCACCUCAGAUGCCAGCUGCUGAUUCUCCGGCCGACGUCUCCAUCAACAGCGAAGCCGCCGCUCUGCUGGCCGCCGCCGGCAUGUCCGCCAACUCUCUGGCGUUCAACCCUUUCCUCCUGUCCACCAUGGCCCCCGGCCUCCUCUACCCCUCCAUGUUCCUUCCUCCUGGCCUGGGGGGACUCGGUCUGCCUGGCUUCCCCACCACCUCCACCUUGGCCGACCUCCAGAGCGCCAUGGGCGUGCUGGGGGGCAACGCCGCCACCACUCCUUCAAAGGAUGACGACAAGGAGCAGGAGGAGGAGGAGGAAGAGGAAGAGGCACGAGGAGGCGAGAGUGACUUGGCGGAGGAGAACGUGGAAGCCACAAGCCACGCUGAGGAGUCCGUGGUAGGGGAGGGGGGGCUGGGAGGUGAUGAGGAAGAGGGGGCGUCUCCACAGAAGGACUAGACCAAGAACAACCCACCCCCCCACAGACCCCCCCACCUUUACACACCUCCAUCUCAACUAGCCUUUUUUCCUUUCUGGGCUUUACUGAUUUUCUUUGGGGAGGGGGGGCAUUUCCUGUGUGUGUCAGUAAAAGGGGGGGGGGGGUGAAUCUUUUUGCAUAGUCAGGGAAAUAUCAAAGACUGUUGGCCAGUUUGCAUCGCCACCCUCAAAUACCAAGUUCCAGUAGUGCUAGCAAUACUUUCAUUAUUAUUAUUAUAACCAUUAUCAUCAUUAUUAUUGUUAUUGUUAUUAUUAUUAUUAUUAUUGCUUCGCUCAAGACGCAAACAUAUUUUGUCCAGCCUGCUUGUUGUUUUGGGCAGCCUCUCGUCUUAAAGGCUGGCGCUGCUGCGGGGGGGUUGGACCCCCCCCCACAUCAGACACACACACACUGAAGCCCUAAAUACCCCCCUCCCACACCCCCAUGCUACCCUGAUACUGUUAAGCCAGUCACACACUGAAAGCCGCCGAGUCUUUCCACUGCCAGCUUUCACUCCUCGGAAGGGAUGGUGGUGAUGAUGAUGAUGAUGAUGUUUGUAGCACAGAGGAAGCAGACACGCUGGGUCUGCACCGCCAGUACACCCCCCCCCCACCCCCACCCCCAGUUGAUGAUUCUGUGCACGGGACGUUCCCGCUAGUUUCCCCGUGGACGCUGCUCCCGUCUGGCAGAGACCAGUUAGUCACACACACUGACGGCACACAAACGACACGACACCUUCAGCUUCUUUCCCGCUUCUUCUCUCCUCCGGGAAAGCAAGAGGCUUCAUUUGUUUCCGUUUCCAAACCGUUGAAAUGAAAAAUAGACGGACUCAUCCUCUCACGCGCGUCUCCUUCUGUCUGUCAUGCUGACACAGCAAUAACCAAGGCAGCUUUUGAAUGUCCCACAUGACUCGCCCAGCACACACACACACACACACACACACACACACACACACACACACACACAGACUGUAUGAAUAAACCACAAGUGUCGUAUUACUAGAAAAUCAAGUGUAAGUGAGAAGUACUGCAAUCACUCUGUUCCUGUUGAUGCACUGGUGUUGAAAGAAAUAAUCAGGUACCUUUUAUUACUUAGAUACUUUUCUUGAAAAAAUGGACUUUUUGUUACUUUUAGCCAGCAAGCUGAAGAGCAUUACCUCAAAAUUCUUAUCUAGCCUUGAAGUUUACAGACUUAUCGUGUAAAUGUUUUUUUUUCUUUUCUUUUUGGGUGUGUGUCUUUCUGUUUUUUGUUUUUUUUUGGAGACAUCAUGUAUGAUGAAUUGUAGCGAUGAUGCUUUUAAUAAAAGUGAAUCAUGAUAUUGGCCUAGGAAACCAAAGCACCGCUUCUGCCUGCCGUCUUUUCUCAUGCUGCUCUCCUCCAAUUUCAGAUCAACAUUUGCCAUAAAGGUCACCUGGAACCCCC